UUAAUGGAAUGGUCCUCAAUUCCUCACCACUCCAGCUCUUUCUUUCUUUCUGUCUAUCUCAAACAUACAGAUCUGGGUAGAAUAACAUGGACGCAGUGAUGAGUUCCGUACUCCUGUUCCUGUUAACCGCAACCGUCGUCCAUCUCAUUGGUCGUUCCCUUUCCACCAAACCAUCAAAACACAAGCUUCCACCAGCACCCAAGGGCAUCCCCAUCUUCGGAAACCUCCUUCAGCUCGGCAAUAAGCCACACCAAACUCUCGCCACACUCGCCACCAUCCACGGCCCAAUCAUGCGCCUCCAGCUAGGCCAAGUAACCACCGUCGUCAUGUCCUCCGCCGAAACAGCCAAGUCAGCCCUCCAAAUCCACGACCAGCACCUUUCGAACCGGAAGAUGCCAGAUGCAAUGAAAGGCGCCGGCCACGACGCUUACAGCAUCCCGUUUAUGCCGGUUUCGCCACGCUGGCGAGACCUGAGAAAGAUAUGCAACAACUUGAUCUUCUCCAGCAAGAACCUGGAUGCCAGCCAAGAGCUGAGGCAAAGAAAGAUAAGACAACUUUUGGCGGACGUUCAAGACAGCAGCUCUAGAGGCGAAGUAGUGGAUAUUGGUAGGCUCGCUUUCAUGACCACAAUCAACUUGUUGUCCAACACCUUCUACUCUCAGGACCUUGUUAGGUCGUCCGACGUGGCGGGGGAGUUCAAGCAGCUCGUGACCAACAUAAUGAAAGAGGUUGGGAGGCCCAACGUGGCGGAUUGUUUUCCGCUGCUGAAGGCGGUGGACCCCCUGGGCAUAAGGAGGCGGACGGGCAAUUACUUUGGGAGGCUGCUGGAAAUCUUUAAAGGGUUGGUUCGUGAGAGGUUGCGCCUCCGGAGUGACGGUGGUUACUGUCCCAGGAAUGAUGUAUUGGAUCUCAUGCUCCACAAUGAGAAUGCUCAAGACAUGUAUAAGGACAAGAUUGAGCGUCUCUCGCUGGACUUGUUUCUGGCUGGAACAGACACAAUAACAUCUACAGUGGAAUGGGCGAUGGCAGAGUUACUGCAGAAUCCAAAGGUGAUGUCAAAGGCGAAGUCAGAAGUAGAGGAAAUAGUUGGAAAAGGUAAGGUAGUGGAAGAAUCAGACAUGGCAAGACUGCCAUACUUGCAGGCAGUAAUAAAAGAAACACUCCGAAAGCACCCGGCAGUUCCCCUGCUGCUCCCUCGCGAAGCAGAAAUGGAUGUUGAGAUCCAGGGAUACACGGUGCAAAAGGGGGCACAAGUUCUUGUUAACGUCUGGGCUAUUGGAAGGGAUCCAAACGUGUGGGAAAAUCCGCAUGUGUUCUCGCCUGAGCGCUUCUUAGGAUCCCAGAUCGACUUCAGAGGCCGCAAUUUCGAGCUCACGCCGUUUGGUGCUGGAAGAAGGAUAUGCCCCGGUUUGCCGUUGGCCAUGAGGAUGUUGUUCUUGAUGUUGGGUUUGUUUAUCAACUGUUUUGAUUGGAAGCUUGAAGCUGAGGAUAUUGACAUGGAUGAAAAGUUUGGUCUUACUUUGGAGAAGGCUCAACCUGUGCGUGUUAUUCCCCUCCAAUUAGUUGCUUAGUUUGGCAACUCACUUUUUUUUUUUUAUAAAAUAGUAUAGGUAGAUAAUAAAAAUAUUAAAUAAUGUGAAUAAUAAAUAUAUCAGAUAUUUAUUUUAUUAGGUGUACGAAUAAUUAUUCUAAUAUUAUUAAGAUUUAAAU